CCCACCCACGCCGCGCCGGGAGCCGCCAGCCCUGGAGCACCCGCCACUGAUCCCAGAGUCCGCGCCCCGCGCCGGUGACAAUGAAGAUCUGGAGCUCGGAGCACGUGUUCGGCCACCCGUGGGACACGGUCAUCCAGGCGGCCAUGCGCAAGUACCCGAACCCGAUGAACCCCAGCGUGCUGGGCGUGGACGUGCUGCAGCGCCGCGUGGAUGGCCGCGGCCGCCUGCACAGCCUGCGCCUGCUCAGCACCGAGUGGGGGCUGCCCGGCCUCGUGAGAGCGAUUUUGGGAACCAGUAGGACUUUGACAUACAUCCAAGAACAUUCUGUGGUGGAUCCAGUGGAAAAGAAAAUGGAACUUUGUUCCACCAAUAUCACACUCACAAAUUUGGUGUCAGUUAAUGAGAGAUUGGUGUACAUACCUCAUCCAGAGAACCCAGAAAUGACCAUGCUCACACAAGAAGCCAUCAUCACUGUGAAGGGGAUUAGCCUUGGGAGUUAUUUGGAAAGUUUAAUGGCUAACACAAUAUCAUCCAAUGCAAAGAAGGGGUGGGCCGCCAUCGAGUGGAUAAUUGAACACUCCGAAAGUGCUGUGAGCUAAGGAGGCCUGCGCCUGCGCUUGUCAUAAAUGGCGAUGCUUCCUGGAAGAAAGAAAGAAGAAGGCGAGGAGGCCAGGAGAGGAUGAGCAAGGACGGGCCGGAAGAGCGCGUCUGGCUGUGAGGGCCCGCGGGGCGGGGGAGGGGGACUGGGCUGGAUUCCGGGCCCGGACGACCCGCCUUUCAUGAGCGUGCAGCAGGGAGCAGUGCAGCCAGCCCUGCCACCUGCGUGGAUGGAGGGCGCGAGGCCCUCGCCUGUGUCCCUUAGGGAUGACACCCAUCGCCCUGCCUGUCGCGGUGGCGCAGGCCCUUCUCUCCCUGCAGGUGGCCGAUGCCACCGCCGGCCGCCCAUGCUAUCCUCCAGUCAGGCCCCUCCGCAGACGGUGGCGGGUGCGCUGCCAUCUGGCAUCUUCCGGUUCCCACCCCGCGUCCCUUCCUCCUGCAGAUCAGCAGGCAGCUCUCCUGGGCCCGUGGCUGCUCCAGGCCUCACAUCUGCUCCUGGCCUCUGGUGGGCGCUAACUGCGGGGCUGCAGCCUGGGACCGUGGCUUUCAUCUCGGCCCCCAAAUGGCUUUCCUUGAGAGACUCAGCCUCUCCAGACGAAGCUUCUCACGUGGGCAGAGGGCUGGGGUCCACGGGUCCCAGGGCCCUUUCUGCAGGCUGUGCCAGGCCCCUCCAGCCUGCCCCUGCCCUGCCCUGCCCUGGGGACAUCCUGCACCCAGGCUGAAGGCCCCCCCCCUCGCUGCCCGCCAACCUCACCUGCUGGGGCCGGAGGUCACGGAUCCCAGAGAGUAUCCGAGGUUUGCAUCCCUGUUUUUCUCCUUGUAGUUUUGUGAGUGUUUCAGGGACAAAGGCCAAAGGUCUUUUUUUCCACCAUCUUUAAAUCCAAGUUGUUUAAAACAACAUUAAUUUAAAAAAUAAAAAAUAAAAGCAAUCCAUGCUUACGGUUUAAAAAGAGUGCAGGAGUCUGGAGUUUGUUGAAGGGUAAAGGCCUCCCCUGCUGCCAGUCGGCUCCUCUUUCACGAAGCUUUCCAGCUUUGUGUGCUUAUGAAAGUGUAUGUGUGGCCUUUCUCUUCCCUUCCUUUAUUAAACACAGAUAGGCUCAUGCUGGAUAAAA